UUGGCUUGAUCGAUGCGGUCGUGAGUGAAGCCUCGCAUCCGCUCCUCAUUUCAUCAUUUCAUCUCAAUUCAUGCUCCUGGGUCGUCUCUCUUUGCCUAAUGAUGGCGUCCCAAGAUGACCUGGGGAUGCUUUGGUAUGGAGUGACGGGAGUAUCUUUCAACCCAGCUGAUCCUGCAGAGGUUAUGCUGAAUACGGGGACAGCGGCACCACUCCUCUCUGACCAUCCCCGGCCGCUAGUGCCCACUCCGGUGUCCUACAGUGAGCCCACCACCACACAACAUACACAGAUGCUGUAUGAUCCAAAUACAGGUGACUACAGCACUCAGUCAGAAUACAUGUAUGAGACUUACGAUGGUUAUGAUGAGGACUCCUCUGGGAACAGUGUCAUGCAGCAACAGGGAACACCACCCAUCACAGAACCUGGUAUGGUAGGACAAGGGGAUGAGUCGCCACCUCCCAUCCCCAAAUCCAAAAAGCCAAAAGUCCACCAUCACCCAGCCUUAAAACUGAAAACACCCAUUGCAUAUCAAAAAGACACAGACCUUAAUGCUAUCCCUAUCAUGAGGGAGGGAAUGGCUGUCUGUGAAAAGUGUGGUGCCAUUGGAGUCAAGCAUGCAUUCUAUGGUAAGGAGCGGAAAUUCUGCAGCCUGGCUUGUGUCAGAGGUCCACUGGCUCCCUCCCAGCAAGUUGCAGAGAAAGAUCCGGAGAAGGAGCCUGGGAAUGAGCCCGAAAAAAAAGUGAUUCCAGUGCAGAAGGUGAUAGGCCAGCCGGCUGUUCCUGUGGAAACACCUCCGUCUCCCAAGCCAGUUGUUCCAAUCCCCCCUAAGCCGAGCCAGGUGGUGCAGCCCCAGCUGGUUGUUCCACCACCUGAACAGGUUUCAUCUCAGUCAUACCUACCUCCACCAGAGUCUACAAUAGACCUAGAUGGAAGCUUUUUGUGGGCUUCAUCUUAUCUGGAUGACCAAGACUUCCGUGCAGUUCCUGUUAGCUGUUUUAAACAUGCACCAAUGUCAGAAUGUUGGGAGCAGAUGGGAGCCGGGAUGAAGGUGGAAGUAUCCUGCAAAGAGGAAGCAGUAACAAAGGAUGCAUUCUGGGUGGCCACCGUUAUUGCUGUUGCGGGCUACAAAGCAAAACUUCGGUUUGAGGGCUUUGUGGAUGACAGCUCAAAGGACUUCUGGGUGGACCUUUGUUCAGAAGAGGUACAUCCUGUGGGUUGGUGUGCCACCCAAGGUCGCCCACUAAUACCUCCACGCUCCAUCCAACACAAGUACCGUGACUGGAAAGAAUUUCUAAUGAGACGAUUAACUGGGGCACGAACUCUUCCAACAAACUUCAUCUCUAGAGUUGUUGAGAGCCAGAAGUCAAGAUUCAGGCCUGGACUUAAUGUGGAGGUUGUAGACAAGAACAGAAUAGCACAGAUGAGAGUAGCAACAGUAACAGAGGUCGUCGGAAAGAGACUCCACCUGAAAUACCAUGGGGCACCACCAGAUGACAAUGGAUUUUGGUGCCAUGAGGAUGCUCCAAUAAUCCAUCCUGUGGGCUGGUCGAGAGAAGUAGGGCAUGAAAUAGUUGCCAGUCAGUCAUAUCAUGAGAAGUGCAUACGCGGUACAUAUGAUCCUAAUGAUGCACCUCCAGAACUCUUUGUGGCCACCCCUGUGCCGGCUUUUCUUCGCAACUCCAAAAUGGGUUUUGCUGAGGGGAUGAAGCUGGAGGCAAUUGACCCUCUGAACCUGUCAGCCAUUUGUGUUGCAACAGUCAUGAAGGUCUUGCACAACAACUACCUCAUGAUCCGGAUAGACAGCUAUGAGUCAGACAACACCUGCUCUGACUGGUUCUGUUACCACGCCACUUCCCCCUGUAUUUUCCCUGCUGGGUUUUGCGAGAUGAACAACAUUACCCUAACGCCCCCGAGAGGGUACGAGGGGCAGUUCUUGUGGUAUGCUUACCUCAAGAAAACUCAGGCCACUGCUGCACCUCCAGCCCUCUUCAGCAGGGAAAUACCAAGUCACGGGUUCGAAGAGGGUAUGGCCCUGGAGUCGGCAGAUCUGAUGGACCCACGGCUAGUGUGUGUAGCAAUGGUGAAGCAAGUCAAAGGGAGGUUGCUCAAAGUCCACUUUGACGGCUGGGAAAACGACUUUGACCAGUGGAUUGAUUGCUACUCACCCGAUAUCUAUCCCGUAGGCUGGUGUGACAUGUCCGGCUAUAGACUAGAGGGCCCCAAGACUGAUGUUCCAACACCUAAUGCUCCAAAGCGCAAGCUAAAGGGGGGCACCAAGCAAGCCAAGACUGGGCGGAGAGGUCGGCCCAUUGGUAGUAAGAAGGUUGGGAAAGUGGCUGUAGGAGGGAUGAUGAACGUCCCUCAAGCUCCAGCCAUGGGGACACAGAGACGUCGAGGCCGCCCACCUAAGGAGAAAAGCUUACUUGGCCAACCUGAUUCACCGCUCCAUGUGGGCAAGGGAGAAAAUGAGCAUCCUGAUCUGCAAACUAUGGAGAUCGAGCAUUCAUCCACAGGCCUCAGGAGCCGCCGCAGUCAGGGGAGACGGGAUGCCAGAAGAUCCCCGCGUGGCCCUUCGAACACUAGCCCAGGCACUAAGACCUUGCCCAUGAGAACAACACGUGCUCGGACUCUCCCCACUUCUUAUAACCAGUCAGAUGAAGAGGAUGCAUCUGAUGAAACAUCCUCAGGUGUGGCCUCAUUAGAUGGGAAUGAAAGUUCUCGAGAACCAUGGGACAUGGAGGAAGAAUCCUGCAACUCACCCUCAGGCAGCCCAUCCCCCAUACCUUCAGCUGAGCUUCCCAGUCAGAACACAUCUCAUCAGACAGGCUUUACAACUACUGCAACAGAAGGCAGAGAUCAAGAAUCCAAGACCAAGGUGAUUCACCAAGAACAGGAACCAGUGCCUGAAAAGGUUACCCAGUAUCACCCUCAACCAGCAAUGGUCAGUCAAGAGCAAAGGUCCAUGCUUCAUACCCAACAGCAGGAAAGUCACAACACCCUGCGCAGUGUUCCUGUCGCUGCCACUCCCAAUGUUUUACAAGCCAACAAAGAGUUGAAAACACAGACAUCUGCUGUCAAGAGCACGAUUGUCACAGCUAAUACAUCAAACCCAGUAAACAUCCCACAGUCCACCCUACCCCCAGCGCUAAAGAAUGGCAUUUCUCAGCAGAGCAAGGUCACAUCACAGUCUCCUACAGUCUCAUCCACAGUGAACAACCAGUGUAAUAAUUCCUCUCAGGACACAGUACUUCCUGUGGCAGAGAAAGAGUCACCUCAGUCAGUUAUUCCAAGGAUGAUUGAUGGGCCAAUUAAAGAUGGAUCAAAAGUCAAGCCUAAACUCUGGACACCUCAGGAUGUAGCACUUUUCUUGAAGAAGAAUGACUGCGGAGCUUAUUGUGACAACUUCAUAUCUCAGAACAUUCAUGGGACGAAGUUGCUGAGCCUGACGCAGAAUGAGGUGCUGGGCCUUACAGGGAUGAAGGUGGGACCAUCAGUGAAAAUCCAUGAUCUAGUGCAGCAGCUUCUGGCCCUGGUAAACCCAGCCCAAGCACGAUACCAGGCCACACUCAUGAAGAGGGGCCUGUCCUUUACGUGAGGGGAUGUAGGGGAGAGGGAGCCAUGUUCCCCAGGCAAACCACCCCCGGAUCCAAGUCACCCAGACUUUAUCCCAAGUAUCUUCAAGCAUGGUUCAGCAGAUGAAACAACUGAAGAGGGCCUAUCUCUUUAGGUCAAAAUUGUGAGGAAAGAGAAUUAUAUGUGCAUUUGUAGGCCUUUACAUGACUUUAUUGUCUCCUUUGUACAAACACCUAGUGAAUGGAAAGAAAAGUGAUGACAGGAAAUGGCACUGAAUUCAUAGAAAAUACCCUAUAUAGCUAAAAUCUAAGAUUACUGUAGCAAAUUAUAUUAACAUAAAAUUAUUAUUACGUGGUGUAUUGGUGAAGUGGUGUUUUGGUGAAAUAAUCGUAGAUGUUGGGAUAUUCAAUAUAAGGCCCCUUCGACGGAUUGUCUAUCCAAAUUUUGGCAGGCAGACGGUAUGGACACUUAGCUGCACAACUUCUAGUUUUGUUUUAUAUCGCUUUUUCGCUUCGUUUUUUAAGAAUUGCAGUAUUCAUACAACAUUUUCUCUCACGCUGAUAGCGAGGUAUUUGCGAGCAACGUUUUUUUUUUCACCUGGAAUGGGGACUCCCAAGGUCUAUAUAAUUAUUUAUAUAGACCUUGGGUGACUCCAACUCGUGACGUCACACCGAAUCGGUCUAUAGUAACUCCUUUUUCAAAAGUGUGAGGAUGCCUAAAACAAACAAUAUUUUAAUAGAAUCUAUUAUUC